CCAGUUUCCAGCGACUCGGCGCCCGCGUUGUCAAGCGAUCUGAGUUGCGUGGUAUCCCGAUACAGCUCAACUCUUACUGGUUUAUUUUGAAGAUGAAAGAAUAGCUUGUGAACAAUAGCUUUACAAGCGAAGUCUAAAAACAUCUCAUUUUAUACAACUACAAGCUCCCAGGCUACUGCAGCAGACAUUUGGCAGAAAAACUGAGGUGUGUCGAUGAUCACACGUAUUGCGAGAUACGCGCCGAAAGUUUUGGUUUGCUGCUGGCAACAGAAUUUACACUACAGGGGUCUGUAUAUUCAGAUGGCAGCAUCAAAGUUCCAGGAUAUGUAUGUGAUUGAUUUGCGGAGCGAUACAUUAACAGUACCUACUAAGGCAAUGAGAGAAGCAAUGUACAAUGCAGAAGUUGGAGAUGAUGUUUAUGAAGAAGAUCCUACUGUGAAAGCUUUGGAACGAAGAGCAGCCGCAUUAUUUGGGAAAGAAGCUGGACUAUUUGUUCCCAGUGGUACUAUGGCCAAUCUACUUGCAAUUAUGGUUCAUUGCAGUCGAAGAGGAACUGAACUCAUAGCUGGUGACAAGUCUCAUAUUUACAAAUAUGAGCAGGGAUCAGCAGCACAUAUUGCAGGGGUUCAAGUAACAACAGUUAAAAAUAAACCAGAUGGAACUUUUGAUUUGGAUGAAAUGCAGAUGAAAAUAAGAAACGAAGAUAUCCAUGAGCCAGUCACUGCUCUCAUCUGUAUUGAAAAUACACACAACUUAUGCGGUGGGAAAGUUCUACCGAUGGAAUGGCUCGAUGAGUUGUGGAAGCAGGCAGCCCAGCGUGACAUACCUGUGCAUGUGGAUGGUGCUCGUUUGCUAAAUGCAGCAACAAAGAUGCGUGUGCACCCUGCUGUGCUGACCAGCGGCUGCCGCUCUGUGUCACUCUGUCUCAGCAAAGGUCUCGGUGCUCCAGUUGGUUCUCUACUGCUUGGUGAUGCUACUUUUGUGAGCAGAGCAAGGUACCUACGGAAAGCCCUUGGAGGGGGAAUGCGGCAAGUGGGUGUGCUAGCAGCAGCAGGGCUUGUGGCACUGGAUACUGCCUCUGACAGACUUACACAAGACCAUGCUAAUGCAGCUCUCAUUGCCAAAGGUAUAUCAGAGUUUGGAAGCAAAUAUAUCCAUAUUGACCCAGCUAGUGUCCACACAAAUAUUAUUAUGGUCAAUGUUGAAAGAAAAAUUAAAGCACCAGAACUAUGCAGUCGAUUGGAGCAGAUUACUGAUGAAGAGACAGAGUAUUUAGGAAAGGAAGCAGUAAUUGUUAAAGCUUUGUCUUUGGACACUGGGCACAUACGACUGGUAACAUAUAACAGCAUAACAGAUACUGAUGCCAAGAUGGUUGUGAAGAAGCUUCAGUUCAUCAAUCAAGAGCUGCAGAGGAGCUGAUUAGUGUUAAAAUAUGUGGUGAACUCUUCAGUAUCACAGUUAUUCAAGCAGCAUGAAAAACAGUGUAAUAAUUUAAUGUGGGAAUUAGCACCAUUCUUUCUAUAGCAUAAGGUAUAAGUUCGGAAAAAAUGCUAAUAAAAAAAUAAAUCAAAUACUAUUUGUCCAAAACUA